GACUAACGCAUGCGAGUGCAGUAGUGAGAAAGCUUGAGAAAAUAGAUGUCAGGGUGAUGAAGAAUCUUUCGCUUCCUCAUAGACAGACAGAGGGACGAGAGCAUUCAGCAGAACACUCCCACAAAUCACAGCAGCAGCCUCCAAAAAGAAGAAGAAAUUCCAACUGGUCGCCAAAUUUGUCGUCGUUGCCACUGGCUAGCUAGUAGUUAGCGGACUGUUAGCGGACUCUGACUCCUCUUAUCUAUCUACCCAUCUUGUCAUCAUCCGUCAUCUUGCGGUACGGUCAUCUUCUUCUAUUGAUUGAUAGUUCUAUUGAAUCUGAUCUAUCUGAUCCAUCCAUCAAGAUGUCGACAUCAUCUGCUGCUGCUUCUGCUUCUGCUGCUUCUACUGCUGCUACCAUUCCCCGCCAACAACACUUGAAUGUGAGUUGUGACGAAUGCGGCGAACUACCCAUUGUCGGAACUCGGUUCAAGAGUCGCGUCCAGCCCAACUACGAUGUCUGCCAAGGCUGUCUGGACGAAAACCACAAUGGCGACACGUCGGGCUUUGAAGUCCUUCAAGUCUAUAGGCCUUCGGUAGCGGCCAUUCGGAGUGAUACUGGCGGUCGCAGUGUCGCCAUUCAUUCGCUGUACGAUUUGGAGGAUACACUGUUGGACGCGACGGUGGAAGAUGUCGCCUUUUACGUCGGAACCCGUUUGACGUGUCCCACAUUGGGUGCCACCGUGCGACGGGUGUUGCGCGAAACCAAAUCCCUCAAAAGCGUUCACAUUCAUAUUUUUGGAACUGAGUUGUCGACCGAAACCAUUGUCGCCUUGGCGGAAGGAUUGCAGUACAAUACAUCCGCCCAAUCGGUAUCGUGGAAUCUAUUGUGGAAUCGCACCGAUCCACCCCUCGAUGAUGCUGCCGCGCAUGCUCUACAAACCUUGAUGGAAACCAAUACUACGAUUCAGUACAUGUUUGUGCAUCGUCAACGGGGAUUUGUUGGAACCACUACAACAACCACUAGUAUGGACACGACGACGACCACGCAACAAGACGAUCCGCUCGCCAAUGCCAUUUUUGCCGCACUCGCAAAAACCCAUCUGCAUACGGUCCGCUAUUCCGGAACGACACUUGUUUCGGAACACAACAAGAAACGAGCAUGGGCCGCCAUGAUUGCCAAUCCGCAUUUGAAACGCGUCAAGACCAAAUUCGUGGGUGAACACGACGUGUCAAGUCAAGAAUAUUUGGAACUCUUGCAAGCGGACAAGAAACACGAUUGUUGGUUGCAACGGUGGACGGGCAUGACACAGCUGGGUGCAUCCAAAGAAGAAACGAAGCAAAGUCAACAACGAUGGAACGUCCUCAAGGAAGUACUCGAUGCCAAGCAGCAAGUCGACAAGGUACCGGUGCUGUAUCAUUUAUUGAGAAAUCAACCCGAGUGUUUGCUACAAGUCAAUCUCGAUUUGCCCUUGUGGACACCCGAGGAUGACGAGCAAGAAGAUGUGGUAGUGACGGAAGCAAACGCAAGCAACAACAACAACAAGCGUCGAGACGUUUUCAUGAUGGAUGUCUCGGGGUUGGUCGACGACGAGGAUACCUACGAAAACUUGAUCUGGGUCUAGUUAGUGUUAGUGGUUGCUUGGUUGCCACCGUAUAGCUAUUUGGUGUUUCUCUCGGGUGGUGGUUUCAUGUAUGUGAUAGUGAGUGGUUAUUUCCCCUUGUUGCUCCGAAUGAAAUCCAAAAAUGGAACCAUCUGGAGUGGUUCUGUCAUUUGAUGAUGAAGAAUCGAAUCAAGAGGACGGCCGCUCCACUUCAUGGCCUAUGCAACAAUUUGUCAACAUCAUCAUGCUCGUCGUUGGUUGGGGUGUUUGGAAGAGGAUGAUUUGUCCUUCUUGGUAGUGUUCUUUUCUUAUUUGGUCUGCCGGCUGUCAACCUGUAUCAUGUUUGGUUGAUUGCACGUAUGGAUGGAUGGAUGGAUCGGUUCCAUUCCAUCCGAUAAAAAGUUAAAAAGUAUGUGGUUCAUAUCGGUCACUCAGUCAGUCAGUCAGUGACUUGUUGGUACAGUGCGCAAAACUCAAGUAGACUACGUACAUGCACACAACAGCAAUCAACAACAACUGUCUUAGUAUUUAAACAAUGAAAAUAUAGCUAUUGUCUGUCGCGAAAUCCAUGAUUGGAUCGGCGAUUUGGGUG